CGGCGUGGGGGAUUAGCGGGACGCCGCAGCCCCGCCUUCCCCCUUCGCAUCCCGGGCGCGAUGAGAGGGGGAGAUGGACCCGAGCCGGCGGGACUGGCACCAUGACAUUCGCCGGCUUCGUGGUGGCGCUGGUGAUAGGGACGAUCCCCGGAGCCCGCGGGCUGGGGCAGCUCUCCGCCAGCCUCCCGGCCGCCCGCCACCCGCAGCCACCCGCCCCGGCCCCGCCGCCGCCGCCGCCGCCCCCCGCCGGCUGCCCCGCCGGGGGCUUCGGCGCGGCCCGGCGCCCCUGGACGCCGGCGGCGCCCGCCCUCCCGCGGCGGCGGACGGCGGGCCGGGCGCCGCGGGCCGCACGCAGCUCCUGCUCCCUGCCCGGCGGCGGCGGCGGCGGCCCGGCUGCGCCCCCCGGGGCGGCCGGGGGCCGGGCGGAGCGGGGCCGCGCUGACUGCGAGCGAGGGUCAGUGAGACUCCAGGGUGGCAAGAAUGAGUUUGAGGGUACAGUGGAGGUUUAUUUGAAUGGAAUCUGGGGAACAAUCUGUGGGAGCCAUUGGGACAAUAAUGAUGCAACAGUCGUAUGUCGACAGCUUGCACUUGGUGAAAAAGGUACAGCAAAACAUGUACCAUUUUCUGGACCGGGCCUUAUUCCUGUUUACUGGAGUGAAGUGCGUUGUCGUGGUGAUGAAGAAAAUAUACUGUUAUGUGAAAAAGACAUCUGGCAGGAUGGAACAUGUCCUCAAAAAAUGGCAGCUGCUGUCACAUGUAGCUCUUCCCCGGUCCCUGUCUUUACUCCGAUCCGGCUGGCUGGUGGGAACAACGCUCACGAAGGAAGAGUAGAAGUCUACCAUGCUGGCCAGUGGGGGACUGUCUGUGAUGAUCAGUGGGAUGAUGCAGAUGCUGAAGUUGUCUGUCGGCAGCUUGGCCUUGGGGGUGUUGCCAAGGCGUGGAGCCAGGCUUACUUUGGAGAAGGCUCAGGCCCCGUGCUGCUGGAUGAAGUGCGGUGCACGGGAAAUGAACUGUCGAUAGAACAGUGUCCAAAAAGCUCCUGGCGAGAACACAACUGCGGCCACAAAGAAGAUGCUGGCGUUUCCUGCACACCUCUCACAGAUGGUGCAUUAAGACUAACAAGUGGGAAAGGCAGUCAUGAGGGACGCCUGGAGGUCUAUUAUACUGGGCAGUGGGGCACAAUCUGCGAUGAUGGGUGGACAGAGCUGAAUACACAGGUGGUUUGCCGGCAGCUGGGAUUUAAGUAUGGAAAAAGUGCACCUGAGAGCUACUCAGAAGGAAGCUCUGGGCCCAUCUGGUUGGAUGAUGUCAGCUGCUCGGGGAAGGAGACAAACCUUCUGCAGUGCUCAAGGAGAGAGUGGGGAAAGCAUGACUGCAACCAUCAGGAGGAUGUCAGACUCCUUUGCCAUCCAGACCAUGACAGCCAUAAACUCUCAUUUGGUCCUCCCAUCAGGCUGAUGGAUGGUGAAAAUAAGAAGGAAGGACGUGUAGAGAUUUUUAUCAAUGGCCAGUGGGGCACAAUUUGUGAUGAUGGAUGGUCUGAUAAGGAUGCAGCUGUAGUCUGUCGACAGCUUGGCUACAAAGGUCCGGCUAGAGCAAGAACAAUGGCAUAUUUUGGGGAGGGCAAAGGCCCAAUCCAUGUGGAUAACGUGAAAUGUACAGGCAAUGAGAGAUCCUUGGCAGACUGCAUUAAGCAGGACAUUGGGACUCACAACUGCCGUCACAGCGAGGAUGCAGGGGUGAUCUGCGACCACCUAAGCAAGAAGGCCCCCGGGAACAGCAAUAAAGAUUCUCUUGCUUCUGUUUGUGGAUUGAGGUUACUGCAUCGCCGACAAAAACGAAUAAUUGGUGGGAAAAAUUCUUUACGGGGCAGCUGGCCAUGGCAGGUUGCACUCCGACUGAAAUCUUCCCAUGGUGAUGGAAGACUCUUGUGUGGUGCUACUCUCAUCAGCAGCUGCUGGGUCCUCACUGCUGCACAUUGCUUUAAAAGGUAUGGCAACAACACUCGGAAUUAUGCUGUGCGAGUUGGAGACUACCACACACUGGUACCAGAAGAGUAUGAGGAAGAAAUUGGAGUCCAACAGAUUGUGAUGCAUAAGGAGUACAGGCCUGACAGCAGCGACUACGACAUUGCAUUGGUGAGGCUACAGGGGCCAGAGGAACAGUGUGCCAGAUUCAGUACCCAUGUCUUGCCUGCUUGUUUGCCGUUAAGGAGAGAGAGACCACAGAAAACUGCUCCCAACUGUUACAUCACUGGAUGGGGUGACACAGGAAGGGCUUAUUCAAGAACAUUACAACAGGCUGCCAUCCCCUUACUUCCCAAGAGGGUAUGUGAAGAGCGUUACAAAAGAAGAUUCACAGGAAGAAUGCUCUGUGCUGGAAAUAUCCAGGAACAGAAACGUGUUGAUAGCUGUCAAGGAGACAGUGGCGGACCGCUGAUGUGUGAACGUCCAGGGGAAAGCUGGGUUGUGUAUGGUGUGACCUCCUGGGGCUACGGCUGUGGAGUGAAAGAUUCUCCAGGUGUCUACACAAAAGUAUCAUCUUUUGUACCCUGGAUAAAAAGUGUGACCAAACUAUGAAUGUCUGUAAUGAAAAUGAAACUUUGUUAAUAAAGUUUGAGGCAGGACAACUUGAAGAGCACAGACAGUGCACAGCUGGGGCCCACAGUGGGUGGAAACAGACCCGUUUUCCCAAUUCAUGUGUUUUUCUUUUUGUUAAAUCCAAGCUGUAUACACACAACCUUUCCCGUUAGGGAUUACUAUCCAAACAAAAUCCCUCCCUGGUAAGGAAGUUUAUAUAUUCCACGAACAAGUUACCAUGUAUCUACGAUAGGGGAAAAGUGAUAGCCAGCUUAGAGUAACAUUGGAGCAGGACAGCUGGAGAGUUCACUGUGGGAUUCGCUGCCCAUAGGAAGACUGUAGUAGCUGCAAGCUUCUCUAGAAUUAAUUACAAAUCUCAAAAUUAACCUUCAGUCUAGUUUAUUUAAUCAGCUUUUAACUGUUUUCCUAUUAUUCCUAUGAUCUUACACUCAGGCCUCUAAUUUUGACUCAUGUUUCGCUAGCUGAGACCAUUAGCAGGUUGAUUUCUUGGUAAGUCAUUCCGAGCGUGUAUUAAAAGUUAGAAGGAAGAUAAUUGUCAAUAAUCAGAUCCCCAGCUAUUCUGACAAAUGUUCUCACAGCUUAGUGUGCAUAAAGUACAUUCCCAAGUAAAAUAGGUAGUACACUGGAAGCUAGUUUCCCUGCAAACAUUCUGCACAGCUGCAAGAGCUAGAUCGAAAACAAAUGACCUCUUAUUUUCUUUCCUUUAGAUAAAUAUCAUUUGUCUUCUUUCUGAAAUUCAUAAUUUUUAGGACAUACAGCAUUUUGAAGAGAAUUUACUUUUCCUAUUUACCACUAGCUGUCAGUACAGCAUCAGACUAACAAACAUCCCAAUUCUCUCAUUGCUGAUUUUGGAGGGGCUUUACUCAAGUAAUACUAAGAACCUCUGUCAAUCCUACAAGAGAAAGUUCUAAGUACGUGCGAUGCAAAUACUGGAGAUGUUGAGCCAAAACCUGUCUGAAAAGGUCUAUAAAGUCUUAAACUACUAUUUUCUACAAGAUAAUAUUUAGACAGACAACUCUCUCCUGCUUAGUUGCAACACUGGUUCAGACUGGUCUUACAGGAAAGGUGAGAGUUACAUAGUUUUCAGUGACUUCUCAAGUACUGACAUAUUUUGAUUCCAUUUAAUUCCUUUUACAGAUACUGUUCCCCAUGCUAUGAAAACCUUAAUGGUUUAUUACAAAAAUGCGCUGAUAAAAAGUUACUCUUGAUGUACAAGACAAAUAUAAACCAACUUACUAUCCUUUCAGAAAGGGCCACCCCAUUGAACUUGCCACACAGAACACAGGAAGUAAUCACCAUCUUGGUGCAACACUAAUAGGUAUCGGUUCUGAAAUAUCUGUGACUAACUACAGUCCAGAGGGAGACAGGAAAGUUCAGUGCUACCUCUGUGAUGCCUAUCAAAGGCCAUUCUAUCUGCAAGUGUGCUCUACGUAUUACAUUAACAAACAUGCUUCUUAAAAAGAAACGAAAGCUCUGUGGGCCAUGAAACACUCCAGUGUGACAAGUGUGGCAGAUGUGUCACCACAUGGUGAUUGUGCAACCUGUGACUACCAGUGACUGUCUUCCUGUGUUUCGUAUCCCCACGCACUCUGCCUAUGACAGUGUUGUGUGGCCUUUUGUGAACAAAGUGCGACGCUUGUUUUCAUGUUGUAAGUGGGCAAUCAUUCAUUUCUGUAUGGUUGUGUCUGGUGUUGUAACAGAUAUCCAAGACAACUCAAUCUGCAUACAAAAGUGGCGAUGAUAUUACAGAAGCCCAUGUGAUUUAAGACUUGGCCCUUAUUUCUCUCUGACCUCAAACUUAAGUUUUCAAGGGUCAUGAGUGGUUUAAUUAUCUUGUUGGAACUGGUGCUAAACUAGUACACAAGGUGCUUUAAUAUAUUUUAGUUUUCUGUAAUUCCACACUAUUUGAAAUAGUGUGAAAUGUUUUAUUUAAAAACAUGUCAAAAAAUCAUAGUACUGUGACCACCUACUGUUAGACCUAUUUGAAACACUCUGCUAGUGAACUUUAAAGCCAUGUACGUUUUUACUUAUACAUAGCCCUUUUACUAAAAGGAAAGGGGAAGUAAAUCUGUCAAAAUGUAUCUACUUGUACCAUCAAAGCUUUGCUAUACAAGACCCAUUAUUUUGAGACUUGUGGUGAAGUAGGCUAUAUAGUGCAAUACAUACGUUGUGUACAGGGGAAAUAAUUUUCUUUCAGAAGUUGCACCACAGAAAUAUGAUACUGGGGGGGAGGGGGAAUCAAGUCUGCAUACUAAAUGUAGUAAACAUUUAGAUUUUAGUACAGUAGUUCAUUAGUUUUGAUCUUUUAAUAGGAUGCUUUCUUAGAUUUUAAAAUGUUGCACUACCAUUUUCAUGCAGAGAGCAUGCCUUCUCAGUUUCUAACAUAAAAUGAAAUUGUCUUUAUGUUAUACCAUUCUAAUUUUUGUUCAAUGAGCCUGAUGAUGUACAUGUAUACAAUAAAAACUGCCACACUGACUAUAA